GUGGAUUCUGACAAAAAACUAUCGCGCUCUGAGUAAGGGAGUCAAAGGGAAUGUGUCAGGAUUCAUCAACAUCGUUAUGGAAUUGAAGAAGUGUUGCAACCACCCGUUUCUUGUUCGUCUUCCUGACACGGAAGCUCGCAACUUGCAGGACAGGCUCCAGCAAGUGGUGAAAUCAUCAGGGAAACUGAUUCUUUUGGACAAACUUCUUUGUCGCUUGUACGAGACGAACCAUCGAGUGCUGAUCUUUUCGCAGAUGGUCAUGAUGCUCGACAUUCUUCAGGAGUACAUGGAGUUACGCAAGUUUAAUUAUCAGAGAUUGGAUGGUUCGAUCAGGGGCGAGCUGAGGCGCCAGGCACUUGACCACUUUAACGCGGACGGCUCGAGCGACUUCUGCUUCCUAUUAUCUACGAAGGCUGGCGGACUGGGUAUCAACCUCGCUACCGCCGAUACGGUAAUCAUUUUUGACUCUGACUGGAACCCGCAGAACGACUUGCAGGCACAGAGUCGAGCUCAUCGGAUCGGCCAAACGAAGCAGGUUAAUAUCUAUCGACUUCUAACAAAGACCAGCGUUGAAGAGGAUAUCGUCGAAAGGGCUAAACGAAAACUGGUUCUAGAUCAUUUGGUGAUCCAGCGUAUGGACACCACUGGUCGUACCGUACUGUCUAAUGAAGCCGUAUCGUCCAGCAGUAGCGUGCCGUUUAACAAGGAGGAACUGGCAGCCAUUUUGAAGUUCGGUGCAGAGGAACUGUUUAAGGAAAAAGACUCAGACGACCCGGAACCUGAAGUGGACAUUGACGAAAUACUGCAGAGAGCAGAAACACGAGAGGUCGAUAACAACUCAGUCGGUGAAGAACUGCUGUCAGCCUUCAAGGUGGCGAACUUCAACAUAGACGAGGAAGAGAGCAUUGAUCUGACGUCUGAUCGCAUGGCCGACAGCGGCGACAAUGACAAAGAUUGGGACGACAUUAUUCCGGAAUCUGAGCGGAAACAGAUCGAGGAGGAGGAACGGCAGCAGUUAGAGGCACAGCUCUACUUGCCUCCGCGGCAGCGCAAGAACAUCCAGCAAAUGGCGAGAAACGUUGAUUCGGACGACGAAUGGAAGGGGAAGAAGAAGAGCGAAAGUGACGCGUCAGAUUCAGAUGAAGAAAGACCCAAAGCGCGCAAGGCACGCAAGUUGUUUCUUGGGUUUUCCGAGGUGGAAGUGCGACGCUUCCUGCGAAGCCUGCGAAAAUUUGGCCGUCCAUUGAUCAGAUUGAGCGCGAUUGCAUGCGACGCGGAACUGGAAGAUCACAGCGUGUCUGAGCUGCGUCAGUUGUGCGAGCACAUUAUGAAUGCGUGUAAAGAGGCAUGUGAACAGCAGAAAAACGACCGCAAAGAGCCACGAGAACUCACAACCGAAACCGCUGAAGAAAGCAAGAGAAGAUGUCGCGGACCGAUGUUUCGCAUUGGCUCAGUCGAGGUCCCUGUGAAACCAUUGAUCCGCAUUCAGUCUGAGUUAGAACCGUUGUACAAGGCAAUGCCCGAGUCUGCCGAAGAGAGAAAACAGUGAGU